UUGAGGGUCCAGCAGGGUUUAAAAGCUUUCGAGUAUGAACACUUGUCUAAUGUGAAAAGCAACACCUUACAAGUCCAAGUCUGCUUCAGAAUCAAGCUUUCAGAGAAUCAAGGUCUUUGUCUGUUGAAACAGCUGCCUGAAAAAAUGACAUUCAGAGUGCUUCUGGCUCUAGUGCUCCCCCUGUUGGUUGCGAGUGACUCAGUUUCUCAGAUCGACUGCUCUGAUAUCUCCACUAAUGCAACACUGAAUGGAGUUUACACCAUCUACCCUGCAGGUGACACACCUGUACAGGUGUACUGUGAUGUGGGCUGUGAUGGACAAGUAGAGUAUAAGAAGUGGACGGUGAUUCAGAGGAGAAUGGAUGGCAGUGUGAACUUCUACAGACCAUGGGAGCAGUACAAGAAAGGAUUUGGGAACUUGAAAGGAGAAUUCUGGCUGGGAUUAGAGACUCUCUACCAGCUCACCAGCAAGAAAACGUAUGAGCUGAGAGUGGACCUGCAGGACUUUGAGGGAGCGAAGGCUUAUGCCCUGUACUCUUCUUUCUCUGUGGAAUCUGAAGCUAAUGGCUACAAACUCAAUGUUGCUGGAUUCUACAAUGGAGGAGCAGGUGACUCACUGGCACAUCACAAUGGACAGAAGUUCUCCACCUUCGACAAAGACCAGGACUCUAGUAGUGAGAAUUGUGCUAAACUCUACCUCGGGGCAUUUUGGUACAAUAGUUGCCACAAUGCUAACCCCAACGGUAUAUAUGUGUGGGGACAGCACGACAACCAUUAUGCUAUUGGAAAUGUGUGGUACCACUUUAAAGACCAUAAGUACGGUCUCAAGUUCAUCAGUAUGAAGAUUAGGCCUGUCGCUUAGAUCAAUAUGAUGUGUUCCUCUUGCUCAAACUAAAUUCUGAGUUCAAAAUAUGUCAGGUCAAAAUCAUUGCUCACACUGUUACUUUGUUAUCUUAAUUUUGUGUUGAGCUGCAUUUUCUAUUCCAGUGUUUGUUUAAGCUCUCAAGAUGUUUUCACAUUGUAAAGUUUUCAGCAGAAAAUAAAUGUUUGAUCAGGGACAUGGGAAGGUGUUUUAAAUUGAGCACUAAGCAGUGCAUACUUGACGUGAAUGGUGAUGUCAUGCAAAAUUAUUCGCCUUAUUUCUUUUCUUUUAUUGAUAAUUUACAUCAAGCAGAAGAUGUUGCACAUCCUGCUCAUUCUUUUCUGAACAAACUUUAUGCAAGUGAGCUGAGCAAAUCAGCUAACUGAUCAAAUUGUCAAUGUGUGGCGCAGGAAGCAAUUGUGUCACAGCCACAGCCAGACGCUAAAAUUCAACAUCGAGCAGUAGAUAGAAUGCCUGAUAAAAAAAAAUGUAUCCAAAGUGCAGGAUAUUAAGGUCAAUUUUUUUCAGUAUAAAAAAACAAUAUUAAGCUGCUCUGGGGCUUGGAACAGCUCUGCAUGCAUUUUCUCUCUUUAUUCCUCAACCUGCUUGUGUUUUAACAAUGCACCCCCAAAGCAUCCAGCAGCCGGUGGUUGAAGUCAUUUGGUUGCUGUAAUGAAAAUGCAAAUGAAAAUGAAAAUUUAAACAGUGCACGGCUACUGCCAUGCCCUUUACCACCCCAACUUCCCGCAUCCCUGUACAUAUGUAUUGAAUGAACUCUUCUGUUUAAUGCAAAUAAAACAAGCACUUCCAAAAUA